AUGGCAGCUGGAUGGAAAAAGUUCACCGGACAAUCGCAAUAUCCGGAAUUAACAUCCAAUAGUGAGGGAUCAGCAUUUACUUAUGGUUCCAAACAGAAUCGUAAUUUCCGCAUGUCAUGGUUACAAGGUCGUCGUGAUGAGCACAAAGAGAAUCUGAUUAUGGGAUGGAUCAGUCGAUUGACAAAUGAAGAUCUGUCCUGUGGUUUUGAGGAGAAUCUCGAAAAAUUGCAUGAUGGAAAGAUUUUAUGCAGGUUUCUGAAUCGUCUUCGACCAAACAGCCUUGUACGUCCCAUAAACGAGAAGCCAGCAUUGUUUUCAGCCAAUGAGAAUAUCAGCACAUUUUUGGAUAGCCUCAAGCGAUUUGGCUUAACAGAUGAUGAUCUGUUUCCAUCAAGUGAUCUGCUGGAAAAACGAGAUCUAGCAGGGCUCAUAGCAACUCUAACAAAGCUUCAAAUGAUUUUGUAA